UAUCUGAUGAAGCACCCUGCUGGACCUAUAACAAGGGAUAAUUUCUCUUUUAGCAGCAAAUUAAUUGUAGGGGAAUUUUUGAUGCCGAAAGAGUUGGAGAAUGGAGACAAGGUCGUGGUAAAGCUGGGUGAAGAGAUUAUAGCUGAAGAGAUCAACCGGCUAAUCAGCCUGAAACCUCAACCUCGGAAUGGCGAGAGAAAGCAAAAAGAAAAGCCAGAAAAACCAGAAAAGGCUGAGAAGACUCCCCAAGAAGGAAGAACAACCCCCGAAGAGGAAUCUCCACUAGAAGUAUACGACGAUGAAGAUAAGAUCAAAUGGAGUCGUGAACCGAUUGAUGAUCUGUUGCUGACAGAAAUUCGGCCACUACCUGAUCUCCCUCGGGUGGAAAACCUUCGACUAAAUGGGAUUGGAUUUGCUGAUGCGCUGAUGGUCCAUGAAUUUGUCAAUAAUUUCGCUCAUGUACUUGAAAUUGACCCCUCUUCAAUCCCCUCGUUGGGUGUUCUUUGCGCCGGUCUUGUUGGAGAUGUAAAACAUUUUGAUCAAGUACUCCAACUAACCCUUGCUUUGUUUCGGUUGUCACUAGAGUAUCCCGGGUUACCUAUGGGAAAGCGGUAA